CGCAUUUGAUAGUUGCACCAGAAGCUCGCUUGAAUGGCAACUUAGAGCUAAUGAGCAUGAUCUUCACUUUACAUAGUUUAGUUUAUUUGAAUCAAAACCAAGAAACACUGGGACAGACACACAACAUACAAACGUUUAACAAGUACUGAAUUAUCAUCUGAUCGGAAACUGUAACGCACAACCGUAGCUAACUACCGGUGGAGCUAGCUAAGCUAUCCAGCAGCCAGUCCACUCACUCAAAAUAGCUAGCCAGCUUGCUGGCUAAACGAAGAACAGAAAACAUGUUACUUGAUCUCCCAAUUGAAAAGCAGAUAUUCUAUGCUGUACUGGGAUUCUCAUGGACAGUGUAUCUAUGGGAGGCGUACCUUGCUUACAGACAGCGGAGGAUAUACAGGUCAACCACACAUGUACCUAAGGAGCUGGGGAAGAUCAUGGACACUGACACCUUUGAGAAGUCCCGCCUUUACCAGCUGGACAAGAGUAACUUUAGCUUCUGGUCAGGACUCUAUUCAGAAACUGAGGGCACGUUGAUCUUACUCCUUGGUGGAAUCCCUUUCAUGUGGGGAGUAGCUGGGACUGUGACUGCUCGCUUUGGAUUGGGCCCCGAGUAUGAGAUCUCCCAGUCCCUUGCUUUCCUGACACUGGCCACCCUGUUCAGUGCCUUCACUGGCCUUCCCUGGAGUAUCUACAACACUUUUGUCAUUGAGGAGAAGCAUGGUUUCAACCAGCAGACAAUUGGGUUCUUUUUAAAGGAUGCCGUUAAGAAGUUUAUUGUGACCCAAUGUAUCCUGUUGCCUGUCACUUCACUGCUCCUCUACAUCAUCAAGAUAGGCGGAGACUAUUUCUUCAUCUAUGCCUGGCUCUUCACUCUGGGUGUUUCUCUGGUGCUAGUAACCAUCUAUGCUGACUACAUAGCUCCCCUGUUUGACAAGUUUACCCCCUUGCCAGAGGGAGAGUUGAAGACAGAUAUUGAGACUAUGGCUAAGUCCAUCAGUUUCCCCCUCACCAAGGUCUAUGUAGUUGAAGGUUCCAAACGCUCCUCCCACAGCAACGCCUACUUCUAUGGUUUCUUUAAGAACAAACGCAUUGUUCUGUUCGACACCCUGCUGGAGGACUACUCCCCCCUCAACAAGGCUGGGGAGCCCCAGCCAGAGCAGACAGAAGAUGGUGACGCAGCCACUGAGGCCAAAGCCAAGCCUAAGAAUAAGAAGCAAGGCUGUAACAACCCAGAGAUCCUGGCGGUUCUGGGCCAUGAGCUCGGCCACUGGAAGCUAGGCCACACUGUGAAAAACAUUGUCAUCAGCCAGAUGAACUCCUUCCUGUGCUUCUUCCUUUUUGCUGUUAUGAUUGGCCGGAAAGAGCUGUUCCUAGCAUUUGGUUUCUAUGACAGCCAGCCCACAUUGAUUGGGUUGAUGAUCAUCUUCCAAUUCAUCUUUUCUCCAUACAAUGAGCUCCUCUCCUUCUGUCUCACGGUGCUGAGUCGCCGGUUCGAGUUCCAGGCAGAUGCCUUUGCUCGGGCAAUGGGCAAGGCCUCUGAGCUGUACUCCGCGCUUAUCAAGCUGAACAAAGACAACCUAGGCUUUCCUGUGGCUGACUGGCUGUUCUCCAUGUGGCACUACUCGCACCCUCCUCUCCUGGAGAGGCUCAGAGCCCUGGGGAUCAAGAACGACUGACGGGGCCAAAGGGGGGACGCACAACCACCAGCUCUCCCCAAGGGUCUCCGGAGGUCACUCCAGGCCCUCUGAUCUACUGCUCUCUCUCUUUCUCAAUCUCUCUGUGUACCCCUCCCCAGUCUAUUUUUUUAUUUUUAUUUUGGAUCCAACCUCACAUUAUUUUCCAUACAGUUUCAAUUGUUUUUAUUCUUCUUUAUUUUAACUACUUGUAAAAAAACAAAAUUAAUCUGCACAAGCACCCUCAGAAGAGCGUGAGAUAGGGAAACGGCUGUGCAUAUACACAUACAUAUUCCAGGAGUCGAAAUUGCUGUUGCGAUUACAGGUUACUAUUUGCAAGGGUUGCUCAUUAUAUUUUGUCUAUGUUUUUAUUCAAUUUUAGUUGAUUAAUAACAAUUUGUUACUUAAUCAUUCCAAAAAUACUCCUAAAACUUCUAAAUGUGCAUGGAAAAAGUAACUCAAUCUCUUAUCAGCACUAUCAUGUUGGAAGGAUUUAUAGACGUCAAAAUCCUCAGUCAUAGACUAAAAGUCCAUCCCUGAACAUCAAGAGUAUUUGUGCACAGUAAUAUAACCCACAGUAAAUUUACUAUUUAAUAAGUAAGCACAGGUAUAUCCAGUCAACCAAUUCCAUUUGACUGGUGUAAUGGUUUUGUGGUUGAAUACUGGGAAAUUUAAAAAGGUUUGUCUUUUUCCAUAUUAACUCAUAACUGCAAUUCAGAUGGAUCAUUACUGAUAAUCAUAAUUAGAUUUGAGUGCCUGUGUUCUCCCAAUCUCUGAUUCUGCACGGUUAGCUGAUAACAUGAGGGAAAUUCUAAAGUAUAAAAAGUAGCUAGCUGAUAGGAAGUGCAUAAAGGAAUGAUAAGUUUAGAUUUUCAAAUGUUAAGAUAUUCAGACGUAGAGCUGUCAAUUCUUUUUUUUACAAAACCUCUUUUUUUAUGCAUUUGUUUUGUAAACAAAAAUGUGACCAUUACCUGUAAAUAAUUUAUUUUAUGAAUCAGCAUUUAAUGGUAUAUGGAUUGGAUAAAAAGUUUAUGCUAACUUUUGGCAUAUUUGAAUGUGGUUUGGAUACUUAUGAUAAUAUGUUAUGCUUAGUUUUUUUUGCCUGUGUGUGUGCAAGGUGUGAUUUAAUGUGGAGACGCAAAGGUCCUUCGGCACGUCACAAUAAGUGACUCAGUGUUUGGUUUGAUACUGAGGGAGAAACUGACUUUUCUUGCAGAAUUGUGAAUAAAAUCUCUCAAAGCA